AUGAAGAACAUCGAUCACGCAUGGCAGUUCUUCUUACUUCUCAUAAUGUUCUUCAUAUGUACUCUCCAGAGAGCCAUAGCCUUCAUCUCCACCAAACUCACCAAACCCACCACAACCCAACUCACAAACCAAACCCCGAUCUCCUUACAAGUCAAAAUCACACUUCCCACCAAAAUCAUCUUCGGAGACCAUGAAACCAUCACAGCCUUCAACCCCUCCGAUCUCAUUCAACUCCCCAAGAACAGACUCGGCGAGGGCUCCUUAGGCACACUUUACAAAGUCGUCCUCGACUCCGGCUCCAUUAUCACAAUAAGAAAGAUCUGUAAAAACGUCACCCAUGGCAGCAAUUUCGAGCACUGGGUUAAGUUUUUCGGCGGCCUUAGUGGCAACCGGUGGUUGUUGCCGCUCCGAUUUGGUUUUUGGUACGGCGGCGAAGCUUUCGUUAUUCAUGACUACUUAUGUUUAGGCAGCUUGGAGGAGCUCCUACAUGGAAGCGAAGGCGUUCAAUUUACGCCGUUAAACUGGGAAAUCAGACAGCAAAUAGUGCUCGGAGCAGCGAAAGCAGUAGCGUCGAUUCACAGUCGAGGACUUCUCUGCGGGGUGAUAAAAUCAUCUAACUUUCUAAUACAAAGCGAUUUCUCACCUCGUCUUUCUAGCUAUGAAACGCCGUAUCUUAUCUCUGCUUCCACGAUUAUCAGAAGAAACUGUGGUCGAAUGGCGCCUGAAUUAACACGAACACGAAGUAUCUCAAAGUCAUUUAGCCAAGCAUCCGAUGUUUACAGUUUUGGGAUUUUGAUGUUGGAGAUAAUUACAGGAAAGAAACCUUCGGUGACUAAUUUAGGGCAAUAUGUAAUGGAGAAAAAAAAUAGAGAAGGAUUGAAAGGUGUUCCCGAUAGACGAAUGUCAGGUGUUGAAGAAAAUGUUUCCGCCUCCGGCAUGAUUAUGAUCGCGGAGGUGUGCCUUUUGUCUGACCCCAAACAACGCCCUUCCAUGGGAACUGUAGUGGAGAUGAUUCAAGCAGCUAUUCACUAGCUUUAUAGCUAAUAAUAUUAUUAUAUGUAAUAAUAACCAGAAAAAAUGUCAAAGAUGAAUGAAAUGUGAAAUGUGAAAUGUAAAACUUUUCUCAUUAGUUGUUUAAUACAAGUUAGUCUACAAA